GCUAAUCUCGGAGCCCAGGUGUUGGUAGUGGUUGAGCCUGAGGUGGCCGUGUUGUUGUCCUGCAGAGAAGUCUGUGAAUACUCAAGUCCAACAACAGAGUGAGGUCUGCAAGAACACGGAGCUGAGGCUCAACGGAACCGUAAUGGUUUUACUGUAGUACUCAUUUUUUCUGAAUCCCCACGUAUACUCAUGUCCACCGUAAAGUGGACUUUGACCAGGUCUAACAGCAAGCAGUUAGCUAGCAGUUAUCUAGCAGUUAGCUAGCAGUUAGCUAGCGACACUAAACAGCUCGUUAAAAGCAAACGUUCAACAAACCGGAUGUUUUAACCGGUCACACCACCCGUCCCAGGACCAGGCUCAGUGGUCACAGAAACAUGGCAUCCAGCUGUUUGGGCCGACGACUAGUGGCUUGUCUCCUGAACAUAUCUGAGGCCCGUAGGAAAGACCUGGUGGAGACGGUUGCCAUGGCAGCUGUGUACAACACUGAAGGUGUCAGGCGUGGGGGGGCCACCGUGCUGAACAUCUUCAAUGACCACGACUACAACCGCUCUGUCAUCACCAUUGUUGCCACCAUUGACUCUAUCAGGGAGGCGGUGCUCUCUGCAUGUGAGAAAGCUUGCAGUUUGAUUGACAUGCGUGUCCAUGUGGGGGUUCAUCCAUGUAUGGGUGCUGUCGACCUCAUACCCAUCUACCCCCUGGGUGAGGAGGUGGGAGUGCAGGACUGUGCUAAGGAGGCUCAAGCCGUGGCUCUGGGCCUGACCCAGCGCGUCCAGGGCAGCUCUGCCUUCCUGUUUGGCUGGGCCGACUCUCCACUUCAGCGCGGUCUGGCACAGAGGAGAAGAGACAUGGGCUGGUUCAAGAAAGUUCCAGACCUGCAGGGAAUCCAACCAGAUGUUGGGCCACAGCCACAGAGAAGAUAUGGCCUCACAGGUGUUGGUGCCGGUCCGUACGUUAUGAACUGUAACGUCACCAUCGACACCCAGGACCUCACCCUUGGACGCAGCAUUGCCACAGCCAUUAGAGAGUCCACCCCUGGGGGUCUGCCUGGGGUGCAGGUGAUGGCUUUCCACCACGAGGGCGCUGUCGAGAUAGCCUGUAAUGUGGAAAGUGUGAAAGAAAGUCUGGUGGGUCACAUGACUGCUGCCGGACCCUGGCCUUCCUUCAGCGUUGAAGGACAGCGGUUCUGUCACGCCCCAGCGUCCCUCAUCACAGCCAGGGUGGCAGAGUUGGCAGGAGAGCGGGGCGUGGGCAUGAAGGGUACAGCUCUGGUGGGCUUCACCCCGCAUGAGUGCAGGGGUCUGGCAGAGUGGGCUCUGUCUCAGGGGACGGCCGAGUUCUGGAAAGAACAGAAGAAGAUCCACAUGUGAAGAGAACCGACGUCACCCUCUUCCUAUGACCCAGAACCAGAACCAGAACCAGUACCGAUCACAGUGAUUAUCGUCAUUUUAUUAUCAAAGAGACAGAGGUUGACUCUGCUUCACCUGAGGCUCCUCCCCUUCCCUUUCCUCUCAUUUUCUCCCCUGUCCUUCCCUCCCCUCUCCUCCUCCAGGACGUUGAUCAUCCUCCAGCUGAGGUUCUCUCACACAAGCAGAACAUCAAGCUUCGCUGCGUCUGCCUUUGACACACACACUCACACACACACAUACACAUUUUCCUCUUCUAGUGUGCCUUUGUAUCCAGACUUACACACAUACAUGUG